AUGAAGUUACUUGUGGUGUUCGCAAGUGUGUUAUGUUGCUCGCCGAGGAAUUUGGUAAUGGGCGUCACAUCGGAGGAGACAACGGAGGUGUCGGAGUCAUGCUGCACUCACGGGGAGUACCAAGCAACAGCCAUGGCGUCGAAACAAUCCUGCUCAGCCGUCAGCCUCCCAGAAGAUGUGGACGAGGACUCAAAGGACAUAUGUCGCACAUCAGCCAAGAGCUGUUGUGAGAAGCUAUUCGGAGAAAAGGACGAUUGUACCGCUGGCAUGAAAAUGGCGGUAAACGAGCAAUGCGCUCUCCCUAAAACCGACAUUGGAAAGACGUGCUGCGACGAAUGCUCCGUCGGGAGAUUGUAUGGUAAGCUCCAGGGAAAAGAUGGUUGUGGAAGCCCAGCUGAAGAUGGAAUGAGCCCGCAGACCACGCUGCGGAAGAAUGCCUUUCACCAAUGCUGUAUUGAAGCAGCUAAAGAGCCGGAGACCACAACGCAGACUACGACUGAGAAGGUCGAAACAACUACGGAGAAGAGAAAGGAGGUGCAGAGGGAGAAGUGUAAAAAGGACUCUUGUGAACACGAAUGCAAAGAUGACGAUGGCAAAGUGAGAUGUAUUUGCAGAGUGGGCUUUAGACUACAGGCAGACAAUACAAGUUGCAAAGAUAUAAACGAAUGCAGGGAGGCAUUGGACGACUUGUGCACGGAAGAAGACACGGUGUGUCACAACACUGUUGGCUCUUACAAAUGCGUGCCGAUUAAGAAACGGGACGUUAGCCUCAGCUGCCCACCUGGCUUCAAGAGGAACGUCAUAAAUCAAGUAUGCGAUGAUAUAAACGAGUGCCAGCUGCCUCGGCCGCCAUGCCCCAAAUACCUCUGCGAAAAUACUAUCGGAGGCUACAAAUGCGCUGGCAAGGCGGGCAAGCCCUUCGAAGAGGCUCUCCCAGGGGCCACCACGGAAGCGGUGACCGUCCCCACCGCGAAGAGCGACAUAUGCCCCCCAGGGUUCCGAGCGGGACCUGACGACGAAUGCAUCGACAUCGACGAGUGUGACGAGCGUUUGGACGACUGCCAGCGGCUCUCGCAGCACUGCAUCAACACGCACGGCAGCUACUUCUGCCAGGACCACGUGUCGAAACGGUGCGCGCCAGGCUUCAAGGUCAACGCGGCCACAGGAGUGUGCGAAGACAUCGACGAGUGCGAAGAGAGUUCAGAGGUGUGCAGGCGGAACGAGGUGUGCGUCAAUCUACCCGGAGCGUACAAUUGCAAGUCCAAGAUCAGCACUCUCCCACAGCUAGCGAAGAAAAAAUGCCAAGAAGGAACCAGGCAACGUCCCGGAGGAACAAUUUGUGAAGACAUCGACGAAUGCCGCGAGGGCUCCCACUUGUGCGACCACUUCCAGAAUUGCAUCAACACCUACGGCGGCCACGAGUGCCGUUGCAAAAGCGGCUUCGAGCUGGACUCCUCCUCCGGAUCCUGCGUUGACAUUGACGAAUGCGCUCUGAAAAUGGACAACUGCCAAGCCGGCCUGCAUUGCCUGAACGUGCUCGGUUCGUUCACCUGCACGCGUCGUGCUGCGACCACUUCCACCACCACGACCACAACCACCACCACCCCUAUUCCGACCGUCUACGAGUAUGAGUACUACGACUCCGAAGAGGAUAACACCACGGAUGUUGACAAAAUCCCAGAGACCAGAUUGACAACCCCUACGACGACUUCUUCAAGCACAACUACCACCACGACAACAACGACAACAACUCCGCGGCCGACCACAACUUCGACUACUACCACAACUUCAACUACCACACCUGCCACGACCACCACAACAACUCACACGCCAAGAGUCUGGCCCCCCGCACGGCCAUCUGGGUACAACCCGUACUACCCCAGGCGUAAACCCACCACCAGAAGAACCCCUACAAGCGUACCGGAUGGACCCACUCCUGCCCGACCCACUUCUGAAUCUCGAAGACCAGAGUAUAGACCGAGAAGACCAGAAACUCACACACCUCCCGUAGAAGUGACGGUGCCCGCUCCCACAGACGUCAAUACGAUAGAGAAAGAGAGAGAACCAGAUGGCAGCUACGGGCUAAAUACUAGCGAAAUACCCAAAGACAAAUGGACCAAUGUUAUUGGAAACAAUGGGCCGGAAUAUCCAGAAUUCAAUCCUGCGGAGUUGCACUGUUUGCAGGGAUACGAGAGAAGCCCCAGCGGGGAUUGUGUCGAUAUCGAUGAAUGCGAAACGAGCCGCCACAUUUGCAGUAGCCUGGAGCAAUGUCACAACAAACAGGGCGGAUACAUUUGUGACUGCAUUCCGGGAUUCCGCCGCGACUCGAGCGGCUGGUGCGUGGUUAUCACCACGUCUAGUAGCACCACCACCACAACCACUACCACCACAACCACUACGCCGAGACCAACUACAGCCAGAACCACUUCUACGACCGAAAGCACAACAGCAGUGAGCACAACGAGUACUGAAUGGCAACGAAUGCCAAGGCCACGAGUGCCUUGGUACACACCGCCGAUGUCGUGCGAUUUUGGUUACACGUUCAGUUCUAGUGUAGGAAAAUGUGUCGAUUUAGACGAAUGCGCCAGUGACAAGGCGAAUUGCGCGCCGAGGGAGGACUGUGUCAAUACUGAUGGCGGAUACCGUUGCGUGUGCGGCCAGAGAUGCCGCUCCGAAGCGGAGACGCCCACAUAUUUCCCGGCCCGGGAGCCAGCCGUGCAGCCGGACACAAAUGUGAUUACCGUCGGCGCUCAGUAUGGCCAGCGCGGCGCUCGCGUCAUCAGGCCCACGUACACCAGGUCCUCGUCGUCCACCGCCGUGCUGACCUCCUGCCCCUGGGGCUACAAGCUCACCCCGGACAAACGCUGCGUGGAUAUUGACGAGUGCACGCGCAACAUAUCGGAGUGCGGACCAGAUCAGCGCUGCGAGAAUUUCUUCGGCGGUUACUCCUGCCAGUGCCCGCUCGGCCACCGUCUGGUGGGACAGCAGCGAUGCGAGGACAUCGACGAAUGCGCCUACGGGAACCCGUGCUCCUACAACGCGAAGUGCUUGAACACAAUCGGCUCGUACCGUUGCGAGUGCGGCGAGGGGUUCCGCAACGCGCCCACCAACGACAAGGUCUGCGUGGACGUCGACGAGUGCGCCGAGGGCUCGUCCGCGUGCGCGCACGGCUGCGCCAACGCAUGGGGCGGCUACCGGUGCUACUGCGAGCGGGGCUACCGGCUGCAUUCUGACAACAGGACCUGCGUGGAUGUGGACGAGUGUGCGGAGUGGGGCAGCGUGCGUUCGCGCGGCCGCCUGUGCGGCGGGCGCUGCGUCAACGUGCCCGGCACUUACCGCUGCAGCUGCCCGCCUGGAUACAGGCUCGCGGAUGACGCGCGAAGUUGUAUAGAUAUUGACGAGUGCGAGACAGGGGAGGCCCCCUGUGCGAGGACAUCGGACGCUGGAAUGGUGUGCCAGAACACCAGGGGAGGAUACCACUGUCACCGAAUAGAUUGCCCGCCGGGCUAUCGUCUAGAGUCUAAGCACAAAUGCACGCGUAUCCAACGCUCGUGCCCGAUAUCCGACUGGGGUUGCAUCCAGCAGCCAAGCGCCCUCAGCUACAACUUCAUAACGUUCGUCGCCAACAUCUACUUGCCCGCCGGGAGCGUCGACCUGUUCACGAUGCACGGCCCUUCGUGGCGGGACUCUUUGGUGAGCUUCGAGAUGAGGAUGGUGGAAGUGAAGGCACCUAACGGCGUAAAGCCAGCAGACUUCACAUGCUUCGACAUGAGACCGAGUGGCAACAUUUGCGUGGUGUCACUGUUGUGUUCACUGGAGGGACCCCAAGUUGCGGAGCUAGAGUUGACCAUGUCCCUUUACCAGCGAAGUCAGUUCGCCGGCAGCGCGGUCGCCAGACUCGUCGUGAUCGUCAGCGAGUACGAGUUC